GAUGGAUCUGAUGGCACUAAGAAUGGUUUCCCAGCAAUGAAGGAGUUUGUUCAAAGAAUGGUGGAGAGAUUGGAUGUAGCUGAGAAUAGAGAUCGUGUUUCUCUUGUCCAGUACAGCAGGGACGCAGAGGUCAAUUUCAAUCUCAACACAUACAAGACAAAGAAAGAAAUUAUUGAUAGUGUAACAGGACUGACCAACAAAGGGGGAAGACCCCUCAACACAGGAGCAGCUCUCCAGUACGUCAGAGACAAUGUCUUUACUGCCUCAUCUGGCAGCAGACGACUCGAGGGUGUGCCGCAAAUACUCAUUUUGCUUAGUGGAGGAAGGUCAUUUGACAAAGUUGACACAGCAGCUUCCUCUCUAAAAGAAAUUGGAGUCCAGAUAUUUGGUAUAGGAUCUAAGGGCUCUGACAGCAGGGAAUUGCAGAGAAUUUCAUAUGAUCCCAAUUACGCUAUAUCUGUUUCCGACUUCAGUGAGCUUCAAAAUGUUCAAGAGCAGCUGCUGGCCUCUGUAGAGACUGUGGCAAUACCCAUCACUCCAACGUCACCAGAUGUUACCGAUUUCCCCACACUCAGAAAAGACGUAGUUUUUCUGCUGGAUGGUUCAGAUGGCACUAGGAAUUCUUUUCCAGCAAUGCGAGAGUUUGUGCAAAGAGUAGUGGAGAAUUUAAACAUAGAGGCAAAAAGAGAUCGUGUUUCUGUGGUGCAGUACAGUCGAGACCCCGAGGUCCAUUUCUAUCUGAAUACUUACAUAACAAAAGGGGAGAUUCUUAAUACAAUCAGGGCUCUGAGGCAUAGAGGAGGGAGACCCCUCAACACUGGGGCGGCUCUCCAUUAUUUGAAGGGCAAUGUCUUUGCUGCCUCUGCAGGGAGCAGAAGGCAAGAGGGUGUUCAUCAGGUCCUUAUCCUGCUCAGUGGAGGUCGUUCAACCGAUAACAUAGAUAUGCCUGCCACUGCUUUGAAAGAGAGUGGGAUUUUGAUAUUUGGCAUGGGCACAAGAAAUUCGAGCGGAGAGGUAAAGAGAAUUGCCAGUGAUACAGCUUAUGUACAGUCCAUCCUUGAAUUCUCUGACCUUCCAAGUGUUCAGCAGCAGUUUAUCGACUUGCUCAACAAUGUGCCUGUGCAAGGGAUGCAAGUGACACCUACUGUUAUGGCUGAGCGUAGGAUGGCUCGGCAGGAUGUAGUGUUCCUGCUUGAUGGUUCAGAUGCAACUAGGACUUCUUUCCCUUCGAUGCUUGAGUUUCUUGAAAGGAUGGUGGAGAGAUUGAAUGUGUCAGACAGGAGAGACCGUGUGUCAGUGGUACAGUUCAGCAGAGAUCCAGAGGCCCAUUUCUAUCUUAACACAUACACAACAAAGGAAGACAUUCUUAAUGCUGUCAAGGGUCUGAGGCACAAAGGAGGGAGACCUCUUAACACUGGCGCAGCCUUGCAGUUUGUAAAGGAAAAUGUCUUCACUGCCUCUUCUGGAAGUAGACGUAUUGAGGGUGUGCCUCAGUUACUGAUUUUGCUGAGUGGUGGAAGGUCAUUUGAUAAUGUUGAGUCCCCGGCCUCAUCCCUCAAGGAACUUGGGGUGUUGAUCUUUGGCAUAGGGUCGAGGAGUUCUGACACGAGAGAACUGCAGAGUCUCUCGCAUGACCCAAGCUACACACUCUCAGUGAGUGACUUUGCUGAGCUUCCCGGAGUCCAACGGCAGCUUUUCACUAACAUUAACAGAGUAAUUGAAGAGGGUACGCCUACAACUACCACAGUUCGGGUUGAGGGUCGUAGACCAAGGAGAGAUGUUGUCUUCCUGCUGGAUGGAUCUGAUGGCACUAGGAAUGGGUUCCCAGCAAUAAAAGAGUUUGUUCAAAGAAUGGUUGAGAGAUUGGAGGUAGCUGAUAACAGAGAUCGUGUUUCUCUGGUCCAAUACAGCAGGAACGCAGAGGUCAAUUUCCAUCUUAACACAUAUAUGACAAAGGAAGACAUUAUUGACAAUGUAAGAGGUCUGAGACACAAAGGGGGAAGACCCCUCAACACAGGAGCAGCUCUUAAGUAUGUCAGAGACAAUGUCUUUACAGCCUCCUCUGGCAGCAGACGAUUGGAGGGUGUGCAGCAAAUACUAAUUUUGCUUAGUGGAGGAAGGUCAAUUGACAAUGUUGACAGAGCAGCUUCCUCUCUAAAAGAAAUCGGAGUACAGACCUUUGGUAUAGGAUCGCAGGGCUCUGACAGCAGAGAAUUGCAAAGAAUUUCAUAUGAACCCAAUUACGUUAUAUCAUUGUCUGACUUUAGUGAGCUUCGAAAUGUCCAGGACCAGCUGGUGGACUCUAUAGAGAGUGUGGCAAUACCCAGCGGUCCAACAUCACCAACUGUGACCGCUGAUUACACCCUACCAAGAAAGGAUAUAGUGUUUUUGCUGGAUGGAUCAGAUGGUACUAGGAAUUCUUUCCCAGCUAUGAGUGACUUUGUGCAAAGACUAGUUCGGAGAUUUAACGUACAGCCAAACAGAGACCGUGUUUCUGUGGUGCAGUACAGUCGAGAAUCAGAAGUACAUUUCUACUUGAAUACCUACACGACAAAGGAAGACAUUAUUGACAGUGUAAGAGGGCUGACACACAAAGGGGGAAGACCCCUCAACACAGGGGCAGCACUCCAAUACGUCAAAGACAAUAUUUUUUCCGCCUCAUCUGGCAGCAGACGACUGGAGGGUGUGCCGCAAAUACUCCUUUUGCUUAGUGGAGGAAGGUCAUUUGACAAUUUUGACACAGCAGCUACCUCUCUUAAAGAAAUUGGAGUCUUUACCUUCGGAAUAGGAUCGAGGGGCUCUGACAGCAGAGAAUUGCAGAGAAUUUCAUUUGACCCCAGUUAUGCUAUGUCCCUGUCUGACUUCAGUGAGCUUCCAAAUGUCCAAGAGCAGCUGCUUGACUCUGUAGAGAGUGUUUCAUUACACCUCGCUCCAACGUCACCAGUUGUUACCACAGAUUUCCCUACACUCAGAAAAGACAUCGUUUUUCUGCUGGACGGUUCGGAUGGCACUAGGAAUUCUUUCCCAGCAAUGCUUGAGUUUUUGCAAAGAGUAGUGGAGAAUUUAAACAUAGAGGCAAAAAUAGACCGUGUUUCUGUGGUGCAGUACAGUAGAGACCCCAAGGCCCAUUUCUAUCUGAAUACUUACGCAACAAAAGGGGAGAUUCUGAAUACAAUCAGGGCUCUGAGGCAUAGAGGAGGGAGACCCCUCAACACUGGGUCGGCUCUCCAGUAUGUGAGGGGCAAUGUCUUUGCUGCCUCUACGGGGAGCAGAAGGCAAGAGGGUGUUCCUCAGGUCCUUAUCUUGCUCAGUGGAGGACGUUCAAGCGAUAACAUAGAUACGCCUGCCACUGCUUUGAAAGAGAGUGGUAUUUUGAUAUUUGGCAUAGGCACUAGAAAUUCCAGCAGAGAGGUAAAGAGAAUUGCCAGUGAUACAGCAUAUGUACAGUCCAUCCUUGGAUUCUCUGACCUUCCAAGUGUUCAGCAACAGUUUAUCGACACACUCAACAGUGUGCCUGUGCAAGGGAUGCAAAUGACACCAACUGUUAUGGCUGAGCGUAGGAUGGCUCAGAAGGAUGUAGUGUUCCUGCUGGAUGGUUCAGAUGCCACUAGGACUUCUUUCCCUUCGAUGCUUGAGUUUGUGGAAAGGAUGGUGGAGAGAUUGAAUGUGUCAGACAGGAGAGACCGUGUGUCAGUGAUCCAGUUCAGCAGAGAUCCAGAGGCCCGUUUCUAUCUCAACACAUACACAACAAAGGAAGACAUUCUUGAUGCUGUCAAGGGUCUGAGGCACAAAGGAGGGAGACCUCUUAACACUGGCGCAGCCUUGAAGUUUGUGAAGGAAAAUGUCUUCACUGCCUCUUCUGGAAGUAGACGUGUUGAGGGUGUGCCUCAGUUACUGAUUUUACUGAGUGGUGGAAGGUCAUUUGAUAAUGUCGAGUCCCCGGCCUCAUCCCUGAAGGACUUUGGGGUGUUGAUCUUUGGCAUAGGGUCGAGGAGUUCUGACAGCAGAGAACUACAGAGUGUCUCGCAUGAUCCUAGCUACGCACUCUCAGUGACUGACUUUGCUGAGCUUGCACAAGUCCAUGGGCAGCUUUUCACUAACAUUAACAGAGUACUUGAAGAGGUUACGCCUACAUUUACCGCAGUUCAGGUUGAGGGUCAAAGACCACGGAGAGAUGUUGUCUUCCUGCUGGAUGGAUCUGAUGGCACUAGGAAUGAGUUCCCAGCAAUGAAAGAGUUUGUUCAAAGAAUGGUUGAGAGAUUGGAGGUAGCUGAUAACAGAGAUCGUGUUUCUCUGGUCCAAUACAGCAGGGACGCAGAGGUCAAUUUCCAUCUUAACACAUACAAGACGGAGGACGACAUUAUUGAAAGUGUAAGAGGUCUGAGACACAAAGGGGGAAGACCCCUCAAAACAGGGGCAGCUCUCCAGUACGUCAGAGACAAUGUCUUUACUGCCUCCUCUGGCAGCAGACGAUUGGAGGGUGUGCAGCAAAUACUCAUUUUGCUCAGUGGAGGAAGGUCAUUUGACAAUGUUGACACAGUAGCUUCCUCUCUAAAAGAAAUCGGAAUCCAGACCUUUGGUAUUGGAUCGCAGGGCUCUGACAGUAGAGAAUUGCAGAGAAUUUCAUACAAUCCCAGUUACGCUAUAUCUCUGUCCGACUUCAGUGAGCUUCCAAAUGUCCAAGAGCAGUUGCUGGCCUCUGUAGAAACUAUUGCAAUACCCAUCGCUCCAACGUCUCAAACUGUUACCGCUGAUUACACCGUACCAAAAAAGGAUAUAGUGUUUCUGCUGGACGGUUCAGAUGGCACUAGGAAUUCUUUCCCAGCUAUGCGUGACUUUGUGCAGAGUGUCGUUGGGAAAUUUAAUGCACAGCCAAACCGAGACCGUGUUUCUGUGGUGCAGUACAGUCGAGAAUCAGAAGUACAUUUCUACUUGAAUACGUACACGACAAAGGAAGACAUUAUUGACAGUGUAAGAGGGCUGACACACAAAGGGGGAAGACCCCUCAACACAGGGGCAGCUCUCCAAUACGUAAGAGACAAUAUUUUUUCUGCCUCAUCUGGCAGCAGACGACUGGAAGGUGUGCAGCAAAUACUCAUUUUGCUUAGUGGUGGAAGGUCAUUUGACAAUGUUGACACAGCAGCUUCCUCUCUAAAAGAAAUCGGAGUCCAGACCUUUGGAAUAGGAUCGAGGGGCUCUGACAGCAGAGAAUUGCAGAGAAUUUCAUAUGAUCCCAAUUACGCUAUAUCUGUGUCCGACUUCAGUGACCUUCCAAAUGUCCAAGAGCAGCUGAUGGCCUAUGUAAAGACUGUUGCAAAACCCAUCGCUCCAACGUCACCAACUGUCACCGCUGAUUACACCGUACCAGGAAAGGACAUUGUGUUUUUGCUGGAUGGUUCAGAUGGUACUAGGAAUUCUUUCCCAGCUAUGCGUGACUUUGUGCAAGGAGUAGUGGGGAAAUUAAACAUAAAGACAAACAGAGAUCAUAUUUCUGUGGUCCAGUACAGCAGGGACGCAGAGGUCAAUUUCAAUCUUAACACAUACACGACAAUGGAAGACAUUAUUGACAGUGUAAGAGGUCUGAGACACAAAGGGGGAAGACCCCUCAACACAGGGGCAGCCCUCCAGUACGUCAAAGACAAUGUCUUUACUGCCUCCUCUGGGAGCAGACGAUUGGAGGGUGUGCAGCAAAUACUCAUUUUGCUUAGUGGUGGAAGAUCAUUUGACAAUGUUGACACAGCAGCUUCCUCUCUAAAAGAAAUCGGAGUCCAGACCUUUGGAAUAGGAUCGAGGGGCUCUGACAGCAGAGAAUUGCAGAGAAUUUCAUAUGAUCCCAAUUACGCUAUAUCUGUGUCCGACUUCAGUGAGCUUCCAAAUGUCCAAGAGCAGCUGAUGGCCUUUGUAAAGACUGUUGCAAUACCCAUCACUCCAACGUCACCAACUGUCACCGCUGAUUACACCGUACCAGGAAAGGACAUUGUGUUUUUGCUGGAUGGUUCAGAUGGUACUAGGAAUUCUUUCCCAGCUAUGCGUGACUUUGUGCAAGGAGUAGUGGGGAAAUUAAACGUAAAGACAAACAGAGAUCAUAUUUCUGUGGUCCAGUACAGCAGGGACCCAGAGGUCAAUUUCAAUCUUAACACAUACACGACAAUGGAAGACAUUAUUGACAGUGUAAGAGGUCUGAGACACAAAGGGGGAAGACCCCUCAACACAGGGGCAGCCCUCCAGUACGUCAAAGACAAUGUCUUUACUGCCUCCUCUGGCAGUAGACGAUUGGAAGGUGUGCAGCAAAUACUCAUUUUGCUUAGUGGUGGAAGGUCAUUUGACAAUGUUGACACAGCAGCUUCCUCUCUAAAAGAAAUCGGAGUCCAGACCUUUGGAAUAGGAUCGAGGGGCUCUGACAGCAGAGAAUUGCAGAGAAUUUCAUAUGAUCCCAAUUACGCUAUAUCUGUGUCCGACUUCAGUGAGCUUCCAAAUGUCCAAGAGCAGCUGAUGGCCUUUGUAAAGACUGUUGCAAUACCCAUCGCUCCAACGUCACUAACUGUCACCGCUGAUUACACCGUACCAGGAAAGGACAUUGUGUUUUUGCUGGAUGGUUCAGAUGGUACUAGGAAUUCUUUCCCAGCUAUGCGUGACUUUGUGCAAGGAGUAGUGGGGAAAUUAAACAUAAAGACAAACAGAGAUCAUAUUUCUGUGGUCCAGUACAGCAGGGACGCAGAGGUCAAUUUCAAUCUUAACACAUACACGACAAUGGAAGACAUUAUUGACAGUGUAAGAGGUCUGAGACACAAAGGGGGAAGACCCCUCAACACAGGGGCAGCCCUCCAGUACGUCAAAGACAAUGUCUUUACUGCCUCCUCUGGGAGCAGACGAUUGGAGGGUGUGCAGCAAAUACUCAUUUUGCUUAGUGGUGGAAGAUCAUUUGACAAUGUUGACACAGGAGCUUCCUCUCUAAAAGAAAUCGGAGUCCAGACCUUUGGAAUAGGAUCGAGGGGCUCUGACAGCAGAGAAUUGCAGAGAAUUUCAUAUGAUCCCAAUUACGCUAUAUCUGUGUCCGACUUCAGUGAGCUUCCAAAUGUCCAAGAGCAGCUGAUGGCCUUUGUAAAGACUGUUGCAAUACCCAUCACUCCAACGUCACCAACUGUCACCGCUGAUUACACCGUACCAGGAAAGGACAUUGUGUUUUUGCUGGAUGGUUCAGAUGGUACUAGGAAUUCUUUCCCAGCUAUGCGUGACUUUGUGCAAGGAGUAGUGGGGAAAUUAAACGUAAAGACAAACAGAGAUCAUAUUUCUGUGGUCCAGUACAGCAGGGACGCAGAGGUCAAUUUCAAUCUUAACACAUACACGACAAUGGAAGACAUUAUUGACAGUGUAAGAGGUCUGAGACACAAAGGGGGAAGACCCCUCAACACAGGGGCAGCCCUCCAGUACGUCAAAGACAAUGUCUUUACUGCCUCCUCUGGGAGCAGACGAUUGGAGGGUGUGCAGCAAAUACUCAUUUUGCUUAGUGGUGGAAGGUCAUUUGACAAUGUUGACACAGCAGCUUCCUCUCUAAAAAAAAUCGGAGUCCAGACCUUUGGAAUAGGAUCGAGGGGCUCUGACAGCAGAGAAUUGCAGAGAAUUUCAUAUGAUCCCAAUUACGCUAUAUCUGUGUCCGACUUCAGUGAGCUUCCAAAUGUCCAAGAGCAGCUGAUGGCCUAUGUAAAGACUGUUGCAAUACCCAUCGCUCCAACGACACCAACUGUCACCGCUGAUUACACCGUACCAGGAAAGGACAUUGUGUUUUUGCUGGAUGGUUCAGAUGGUACUAGGAAUUCUUUCCCAGCUAUGCGUGACUUUUUGCAAGGAGUAGUGGGGAAAUUAAACGUAGAGACGAACAGAGACCAUAUUUCUGUGGUCCAGUACAGCAUGGACGCAGAGGUCAAUUUCUUCCUUAACACAUACACGACAAUGGAAGACAUUAUUGACAGUGUAAGAGGUCUGAGACACAAAGGUGGAAGACCCCUCAACACAGGGGCAGCUCUCCAGUAUGUCAGAGACAAUGUCUUUACUGCCUCCUCUGGCAGCAGACGAUUGGAGGGUGUGCAGCAAAUACUGAUUUUGCUUAGUGGUGGAAGGUCAUUUGACAAUGUUGACACAGCAGCUUCCUCUCUAAAAGAAAUCGGAGUCCAGACCUUUGGAAUAGGAUCGAGGGGCUCUGACAGCAGAGAAUUGCAGAGAAUUUCAUAUGAUCCUAAUUACGCUAUAUCUGUGUCUGACUUCAGUGAGCUUCCAAAUGUCCAAGAGCAGGUACUGGCCUCGUUAGAGACUGUUGCAAUACCCAUCGCUCCAACGUCACCAACUGUUACUGCUGAUCACACCGUACCAAGAAAGGAUAUAGUGAUUUUGCUGGAUGGUUCAGACGGCACUAGGAAUUCUUUUCCAGCUAUGCGUGACUUUGUGCAAAGAAUAGUGGGAAAAUUUUACGUACAGCCAAACAGAGACCGUGUUUCUGUGGUGCAGUACAGUCGAGAUUCAGAGGUCCAUUUCUACUUAAAUACCUACACGACAAAGGAAGACAUUAUUGACAGUGUAAGAGGACUGACACACAAAGGCGGAAGACCCCUCAACACAGGGGCAGCUCUCCAGUACGUCAGAGACAAUGUCUUUACUGCCUCUUCUGGCAGCAGACGACUGGAAGGUGUGCCACAAAUACUAUUUUUGCUAAGUGGAGGAAGGUCAUUUGACAAUGUUGACACAGUAGCUUCCUCAUUGAAAGGGCUUGGAAUUUUGACCUUGGCUGUUGGAUUGAGGGGCUCUAAUGGCAGAGAAUUGCAGCAAAUCUCUCAUGAUCCUGAAUUCUUACUCUUAGUGAGAGACUUCUCUUUCCUUCCCAGUAUCCUUGAACAGCUUUUCAAAAACAUUAAUUUGGCAGCUUUGAGUUCUACACCCAUCUUUCCCACAAUUAUUGGGGUCUCUCAAGGACCCAAGAAGGACAUUGUCUUUGUGAUCGAUGGUUCUGAUGGUGUUGGCAGGGAUUUUCCAAUUAUCCAGGACUUUUUACGCAAAGUUGUGGAGAAUCUUAAUAUUGGUGAGAACAAGAUCAGAGUAGGUGUGGUGCAGUAUGGAGAUAAUCCAUUUGCAGACAUAUAUCUUAACUCUUAUAAGACCAAAGAAGGCGUUCUAAAUGGCAUCAAGGAACUCAGACAAAGAGGAGGGAUGCAGCGCAACCUUGGGCGAGCCAUAGACUUAGUUAGUCGGGAUGUUCUGACUUCUGGACGUGGUGGAAGAAAACAGGAGGGGGUUCCUCAAUUCGUUGUGGUGGUUUCAGGUGGAAAAUCAACAGACAAUAUAAGAACUCCUGCAAGAGCUCUGAAACAGUCAGGAACUGUCCCAUUUGGAAUAGGGACAAGGGAGGUUGACACUCAGGAAUUGGAAGUUAUCGCCUAUGUUCCCAGAUUUGCCCUCUCAGUUGAUGACUUACCUGGUCUUUAUACCAUUCAGGACACACUCAUCACCACACUGACUGAACUUUCAAGUGAAGAGCUGGCCAGACUGCGUCCAUAUUUCCCUACAGGAACAGGGGUUGUCAUUCCAACAAUACGCCCUGGAGAUAAGAGGGAUGUUGUGUUCCUCAUUGAUAGCACCACAAAGAUGCGAAGUGAGUUCCCUGCAAUAAGAGACAUGGUUAAGCGAGUAGUGGAUAAGUUAGAUGUGGGUCUGGACAAUGUGAGGGUUUCUGUCGUGCAGUAUAGUGAUGAUCCAAAGCUGGAGUUUCUCCUCAAUGAGCACUCCACAAAGGAGGAAGUUCGCCAGGCAAUUCAAAGAAUGAAAAGUAAAGGAGGCAAUCAGCUUAAUACUGGACAAGCUCUGGAUUUUGUCUCCAAGAACAUCUAUCAAAGAUCUGCUGGUAGUCGUGUCGAGGAAGGUGUGCCACAGUUUCUCAUCCUAGUGACUGGAGGAAAGUCAAAUGAUGAUGUAUCUAGCUCUGCCCAGCAGCUGAAGUCAAUUCGUGUUGCCCCCCUGGCAGUUGGAGCACAUACUGCGGAUGCAGAGGAGCUCAAACAAAUUUCCUUCCGUCCUGAACUAGCCUUCACGAUCCAAAACUUCCAGCAGCUACCUAGGGUGGAGCAAGAGCUUUUGAAUAAAGUCAGUACCAUGACGAGAAAAGAAAUUUCUGAACCCCCACUGCCUGCAGUUCCAGACCUCAAUCUUGGAAGAAAGGACAUUAUAUUCCUCAUUGACGGCUCUGAAAGUGUCGGACCAAACGGUGUCGCUCACAUCCGUGACUUUAUCUACAAAGUGGUUGAAAAGCUCAAUGUGAAUCCUGACAAAGUUCGUGUGGCUCUGGUACAGUAUGGAGAAAGAACUAAAACUGAAUUCUCUCUAAACUCCCACAACAACAAGCAGUCCGUCCUUGCUGCCAUCAAGAGACUUCGUCAGAUGGGUGGGCGUGGUGCAGACCUAGCUGAAGCUAUUAAGUAUGUGAUUCGAAAUGAGCUCCAAGCCCCUGCUGGGGUGCGCUUAGCAGAGGCUUCCCAGCAUUUGGUGGUCCUCACUGGUGGAAGAUCAACCUCUGAUGUAUCUUUAUACGGCCCGAUUCUCAAAAGCUCUCGGGUCAACUGUAUAGGAAUUGGUACAGAAAAUGCAGAUGCCAGACAGUUGACACAGAUUGCAACCAGCCCCGAUGACUUCCUCCAGGUGUCAACCUUCCCAAGUCUUCCAAACAUACAGAACCAGUUUAUAGCGAGACUGAAUGGAACCAUUGCAGAGAUACCUACUGAAGACUUGGGUCCUGACCUCCCGAAGGCUAAAGCUGCUGACAUUGUCUUUUUGGUUGAUGGCUCAAUGAAUCUUGGCAGGGACAAUUUCAAAGAGGUCUUGGAUUUCGUUGUUAAUUUAAUUGAUCUGUUUUACACGGAGAGAGACGACCUUCGGAUCGGUCUAGCACAUUAUGCUGCGGAUGUGACAGACGUCUUCUACCUCAAUGACUACAAAAAUAAGGACGACAUCAUUAGUGCCAUAUCCCAAACAGAGUACAAGGGAGGUCGCGAAAUUAGAACAGGCAAUGCCAUCCGCCACGUCCAGCAAACGCACUUUGUUAAAGAAAAAGGCAGUCGGAAAGAUGAAGGCAUUCCACAGAUUCUGAUGGUGAUCCCUGGUGGAGGGUCCAAGGAUGAUGGCAAGUCAGCAGCACUAGCUCUCAAAAACACCGGUGUGCGCAUCUAUGCUGUUGGGGUAGGUGACAUUGUGGACGAGCUCAAUAAUCUGGGCAGUGAAGCAACUACAGUGGCCCGAGCCAGCACCUUCCAAGAACUCUCUGAACUGAAUGAGCAGAUUUUGCAAGCAUUUGAUGAUGAAGUGAGAGGAAUAAGACACUGCACUACAACACAGGAAACUGCAAGAGAUUGCAAGUUGGAUGUUCUCGUGGGAUUUGAUGUGGGUUCGCAGAAUAUCUUUGCCGCUCAGAGAUCAUUAGAGACCAAGAUAACAAAAAUUCUUCAGGGCAAUAUCCAGAUGCAGGCCUUGAGCUGCACUUCUGGCCAAGUCCCCACAAUACAGGUGGGGUUACUUGCAAUGGAUUCUGCCUCAGAGCCUUUUCAGCUGGACUUCACUGAAAAAUACACAGAGCAUAUUGCGCCCUUCAAGACUCUCCGUAACCGCGGGCCUUUUGUUUUGAACGGUGCCACAAUCAAAGCUUAUACUGACAGAUUCAAGAGUCGCCCUUCAGACACUGUCAAGGUUGUGAUUCACUUGACUGAUGGAUUAGAUGCCCAGUAUAACAUUCUGAAAGAACGAGUUGAACAGAUGCGUUUGGCUGGUAUUAGUAGUUUUAUCGUUGUUGGUCUGGAAAGAGUUCGAAGCUUUGAGGAUGCGGUUCUUUUGGAAUUUGGCCGUGGCUUCAGGUACAAACGACCUCUGCAUGUCAACCUCAUGGAUCUGGAAUAUGAGCUACUGGACGAACUGGAUAACAUUGCUGAGAGGGACUGCUGUUCUGUUCCAUGCAAAUGUAAUGGUCAAAGAGGGCAGAGAGGAGCUGUUGGAACGGCUGGACCAAAGGGUCAGCCUGGUGGUCAAGGCUUCAGUGGACAUCCUGGUGAUGAAGGUGGACCAGGAGAGAGAGGUCCAACUGGUGUAAAUGGCACUCAAGGCUUCCAAGGAUGUCCAGGCCAAAGAGGAGUUAAAGGAUCUCGAGGAUACAAUGGUGAAAAGGGUGAAAUUGGAGAAAUUGGUAUAGAUGGAAUCAAUGGAGAAGAGGGAACAACUGGAGCAGUUGGACCUUCAGGAGACAGAGGAAACCACGGACAAAGGGGACCUAAAGGAGCCAAAGGCCAGACUGGACAUAUUGGUCAGACUGGGAUCCGUGGUGAUCCAGGCACACCAGGAAGAGAUAAUACCCAGAUGGGACCAAAAGGCGAUCCAGGCGAUGCUGGCUCAGCGGGAGAACCAGGUGUGGAUGGAAUUAAAGGAGAACUUGGUGAACCAGGCAGACAGGGCCCCAAUGGCAGAAGGGGGCCUUCUGGGCAAGCUGGUGCUGCUGGAAGACCUGGUGCUGAUGGUUUGCCAGGAGAACCUGGAAUUGGCGGAUCUCGGGGUCCUGCUGGACCAACUGGAACACCUGGUGUUAGGGGAGAGGAUGGAAACCCCGGUCCAAGGGGCCCAGGAGGACUGCCAGGACCUGGUGGAGAAAAGGGCAGAAGAGGUGCUGUUAGCCGUAAGGGUGAACCAGGUGAACCAGGCCCUAAAGGUGUUGUAGGACCCCAGGGACCCCGUGGAGAACCUGGUGACGAUGGACGUGAUGGGUUUGGUACAGCUGGUCCAAAAGGAAGAAGGGGUGAUGAAGGUUUCCCUGGUUUCCCUGGUCAAAAGGGUACAGCAGGUGACCCUGGUUCAGGGGGAGGACCUGGACCUAGAGGAAACCAUGGCCAGAGAGGAACUUCAGGAGGGCCUGGUGGGCCUGGUCAGAAGGGAGAAAUAGGAUACCCGGGGCCUUACGGCCAAAAAGGACCCAGAGGACCUGGUGUUGUGCAAUGUGAACUGGUCAAGAAAAUUAGAGAUAACUGUCCCUGCUGCUAUGGGGCACAGGAAUGUCCUCUCUACCCCACUGAAUUGGCCUUCGCCCUGGAUGUGUCGACAGAUGUAACACGCCCCGCUUUCAACAAGACAAGGCAUACUGUUCUACGUCUGGUCAGCGACAUCACUAUUGCCGAGAGCAACUGUCCACGAGGGGCCCGUGUUGCUUUAGCACUAUACAACAACGAGGUGACCACCGAGAUACGGUUUGCGGAUGCCAUGAAGAAGCAAGCGCUCGUUGAACGAGUCCGAGGGCUCCAGGUUCCGCAGAACCGUAAGCAGCGAAGCUUGGAGACGGCAAUGAACUUUGUUGCACAGAACACAUUCAAGAGGGUCCGCAGUGGCUUCCUUGUGCGCAAGCUUGCCGUUUUCUUCGUUAACGGCCCGAUGACAAUCAAGAAGGAAUUUAACGACGCUGCUCUCCGUCUUUACAAUGCUGGAAUUUCCUCAGUUUUCCUUCUUAAUAGUGAAGAUCGUGAGUUCACAAGAGCCUUGGAGAUUAACAAGACUGCAUUGGCUCAGGUUAUCGUCCUACCCUCACCUGAAAGUGUUGAAUAUAUCAAUGUGCUGAAGAAGAUUAUGACCUGCCAUAUCUGCCUGGACUUCUGUGCUCCGGAUACGAUGUGUGAAUACGUCCCUCCACGUGGAGUCAGAGGACGGAGAGACUCCACCACUGUCUUGGACAUUGACAUGACCUUCAUUGUGGACAGCUCAGAAAGCACCUGGCCCUCGGUCUUCACAGGCAUAAAGCAAUAUGUGUCUCAGAUGGUAGAGCAGCUGGAGCUGUCUCCUGAUCCAGCCACAGCAAGUCAUCACGCUCGAGUGGCACUGGUCCAGCACACCCCUUACGAAUACUUGCACAACGGCAGCGGCAUUCCCAUUAGCAUUGCCUUUGGUCUGACGGACCACAGGUCAGCAGACAGCGUCAGAACCUUCCUGAUGGAUAAGGUGCACCAGCUGGAGGGAGGACGACACCUUGCAGCCGCACUUGAGGGCACUGUGGAACAUGUGUAUGAGAAGGCACCACAUCCUCGUCACUUGAAGGUGUUAGUUCUGUUGGUGACUGGAUCAGUAGAGGAGGAUGAGGAGAGGAUACUUCAAGCCUCAAUUGAAGUAAAAUGCAAGGGGUACUUUAUUGUGGUAUUAGCGGUUGGAAAGCAGUUUAGUCCAGGUGAUGUUAGUGUCCUGGUCCAGGUGGCAAGUGAACCUUCAGAUGUGUUCUUCAAGAGAGUGGAUGGAGCAUCAGGCUUCUAUGAUGACCAUAUUCAGAUAUUUGCCAAACUGUUGCCCAAGUACCUCAGCCUUGAAAAAGUUUUAUACAUGUCUCCUGAAGUCGCUAAGAAGUGUCAGUGGUAUCAGGGUGACCAGCCACACAAAACUGGAUUCAGUUCGCCACAAAUACAUGACAAACACCAAAAGCAUUAUGAACAGCAGCAGGUUUAUGACAGAAAAAAUAAAGAAUUGGAUAUGGACGAGCUGCAUCUGGUUAACGUCACGUCGAGUGGCUUCUCCUUACAGUGGCUCAGUGGCGAUUCAAAGGCCACCCAUGAGGUUACAGUGACACGACUGAGGGAUCAUAGUCUGGUAAUGCGAAAGAACGUGACGGGCAGCCUUCUGUCCGUCAGAGAACUGGAGGCUGCUGAGACAUAUCAUGUAAUGGUCAACACUCGCAAUGUGAGCGGUCAUGUUGCCAGUACCUACAAAGGCAUCGUUCCCACAAAAACAGCCAGACAGAAUGUUCUUACUGUGAGUGAAAUGAAUAUUGUGCCUACUGCCCAAUCAAGUAAACCAGAAAUGAAAUCUGCAGAACAGAAAAUUCUUACGGCCAGUGAAGUGACUGCGAGUGUUACCACUGCACCCCUGAGUAAACCAGAAAGUAAUUCAGCAGGACAGAAAAUUCAUAAUGGCAGUGAAAUGAUGGGCAGGGUGUCCACCGGACCAUUGAGUAAGCCUGAAAACAAUUCCGCAGAACAGAAGAUUCUUAAUCUCAGUGAAUUGAUGGAGAGCGAUUCCACCGCACCAUUGAGUAAACCUGACAUUAAAUUGACAGAACAGGAGGUUCAUACUGAAAGUGAGGUGAUGGGAAUUGUGUCCACUGUACCCCUUAAUAAGCCAGAGAUUAUUAACAAUCUUAUGGACCCAUGCUCACUUGACUUUGAUUCUGGACAAGGAUGCAAAGACUAUGAAGCUAAGUGGUACUAUGACAGAAAGAAUGGAUUCUGUGCGCAGUUCUGGUUUGGAGGUUGUGGAGGAAAUGACAAUAGGUUUGAGAGUGAGGCGAAUUGCCUCAAACACUGCGUGAAGUCAGUGGCUGAUCAGAAAGUUAGUGAUGAGCUUUCCAGAGCUGCCAUUCCCACAGCAGCAGCUCCAGUUGCCCGACACUCCAGUGUGGAUAUCUGCAAGCUACCAAAAGAAGAAGGCAGCUGUGCUAAAUUUGUGAUAAAGUGGCAUUUCAACCCAGCUAGUGGAUCCUGCUCCCGCUUCUGGUAUGGAGGCUGUGGAGGAAACCAGAAUCGGUUUGAUACGCAAGAUGAGUGUGAAGAGACCUGUGGAAAACCAGCACCUGUUAGACAUGGAGUCCUUGCUGCGGUUAAAACAUAGAAACUAAUAAGGACUGUUAGCUAACCGCUCAGAGGAUGAAGCACAUAGAACGAGAAGAUCCACCUAAACCAAGAUGACUGUAAUGGAUUCUAUUGAAGGAUUUGAUCCAAAGAAAACCUUGGAGUAGUAUUUUCCACAAAAGUAGAAAGCAAAGCAAGUUUAUUUGUUUUGUGCUGGUGCUACAUUCAGUUUUACAUUUUUUACAAUCGUUUUAAGUUUGUGUGUGAGGGUUUCAGAGAAUACCCCAUUGUAAAUGUCCCGGGCAAAAUAGCUUUAAAAAAUAUUAUUCUGUUUUUACUCAUGGUUUUAGUUUUAUAGAGAAAAUAUUGUGAGAAUAUCUUCAUCAACACAUAUAAAUAAAUCUUUGUAGUUAUGAGACAGGUUGAAAACACUUUUGUAACAUGUUGGUCCUAAAUUACUGCAGAGCCCUUAUUAAGCUUUUACUGCUUCGGAGAAGGAAUCUUAAUUGCUCUCCACUGACCAAAGAUCAAGAAGAUAUCUCCGAAAAAAAAUCCUGUGUUUAUGUUUUCACAUCUAAAUUAGGCUAAAUGACCAUCAUCUGUUUUGGUAAUGAAUAAGUCAUAUUUUAAAACAGAGAUGCACUUCUGGAACCAUUAACUUACACACAAGUUUUGGUUUCAAAAAUUAGGAAUGUACUUGUCAAGAUGUAUUUUGGGGGGUGUUUGGGUGGGGGGCUUUGUUUUAAAACUUUGUAUUUCAUUUGGAAACGGGAAGAUGGAAAUAAAUGUCUUUA